CCUGGACUGGCCUUUCUGCACCGCCCUUCCCGGCACUGCUUCCCGUGGCAUCCCCAUUCAUGCUCAGCUGCUUAGGACUGGACGUCCACUGUGUCCAGGAGCAGCCAGAGCUUUAACUUCUCCUGCAGGCCUGGCUGACAGGAAUGGGGCCCUCAAGUGCACCUUCUCUGCAGCUGGCCAUAGCACCGGCCUGCUUCAGGGCCUGGCUGCCCUCCGUGCACAGGGCCAACUGCUCGAUGUGGUCCUCACUGUCAACAGCGAAGCCUUCCAUGCACACAAGGUGGUCCUGGCAGCCUGCAGUGACUACUUUAGGGCCAUGUUCACCGGUGGCAUGCGUGAGGCCAGCCAGACGAUCAUCCAGCUGCAUGGUGUGUCUGCACGAGGCCUGCGCCACAUCAUUGACUUCGCCUACAGUGCGGAGGUGACAUUGGACCUGGACUGCGUGCAGGAUGUGCUGGGCGCCGCUGUGUUCCUGCAGAUGCUGCCGGUGGUGGAGCUGUGCGAGGACUUUCUGAAAGCCGCCAUGAGUGUGGAGACAUGCCUGCACAUUGGACAGAUGGCUACCACCUUCAGCCUGGCAUCGCUGCGAGAGUCGGUGGAUGCCUUCACGUUCCGCCACUUCCUGCAGAUUGCCGCUGAGGAGGACUUCCUGCGCCUGCCACUCGAGCGCCUUGUCUUUUUCCUGCAAAGCAACCGGCUGCAGAGCUGCACCGAGAUCGACCUGUUCCGCGCUGCUGUGCGCUGGCUGCAGCAUGAUCCCGCCCGCCGUGCCCGUGCCAGCCUCGUGCUGCGCCAUGUGCGCUUCCCGCUCAUGCAGCCGGCUGAGCUGGUGGACAGCGUGCAGACGCUCGACGUCAUGCUGGACGAUGCCCUGUGUCGCCAGUAUCUGCUGGAGGCCUUCAGCUACCACGUGUUGCCUUGUCGCCAGCAUGACAUGCAGUCGCCGCGAACGGCUGUACGCUCAGAUGUAACAUCCCUAGUGGCCUUCGGAGGCACACCCUAUACCGACAGUGACCGAGCAGUCAGCAGCAAGGUAUUUCAGCUGCCUGAGCCUGGGGCCCGCCACUUCCGCGAGCUCACGGAGAUGGAGCUAGGCUGCAGCCACGCCGGCGUGGCUGUACUUGAUAACUUCGUGUAUGUGGCAGGUGGCCAGCACCUGCAGCACCGCAGUGGCGAGGGCGCCGUGGACGCCUGCUACCGCUACGACCCGCAGCGCAAUCGCUGGCUGCGGCUGAGGGCGCUGCGUGAGAGCCGCGUGCAGUUCCAGCUCACAGCACUGGGUGGACUGUUGUAUGCCACUGGUGGCCGCAAUCGCGCAGGCAGCCUGGCUUCUGUGGAGCGCUACUGCCCCCGCCGUGACAGCUGGGACUUUGCUUGCCCGCUCAAGCGGCGCACUUGGGGCCAUGCGGGCGCUGCAUCUGCUGGUCGCCUCUACAUCUCAGGCGGCUAUGGUGUCUCUGCUGAGGACAAGAAGGCGGUACAGUGCUACGAUCCUGCGGCUGAUCGUUGGGAGCCCAGGGCACCUAUGCAUGAGCCUCGCGUGCUGCACGCUAUGCUGGGUGCUGCAGGCCGCAUCUAUGCCCUAGGCGGCCGCAUGGACCAUGUGGACCACUGCUUCGAUGUGCUUGCGGUGGAGUACUACGUGCCCGAUACUGACCAGUGGACCAGGGUGGCCCCUAUGCGCACUGGCCAGUCGGAGGCUGGCUGCUGCCUACUGGAAAGGAAGAUCUACAUUGUGGGUGGCUACAAUUGGAGGCUGAACAACGUCACAGGCAUUGUGCAGGUGUACAACACUGAGACAGACGAGUGGGAGAGAGACCUACACUUCCCCGAGUCCUUCGCAGGCAUUGCCUGUGCCGCUGUCCUGCUGCCCCGCGCCGGCCACGGGAGGUAGCUCUGAUUCCGGCCUGCCUGUGUUUCCCAGGAGUGUGGGAUCCCCAGCCCUUGGGGCCCCUACUUUUCAGCCCUGAGACAGCAGAGAGAUCUGGUCCCAGAGCUAUGGCGACACGUAGCCACUGCCCAGUGUGCGUCUCUGUGCUGUCCUUUGUGACAGCCUCGAUUUCCCUCAGUCCGGCCAGACACUCAAAAAUAAACUUGUGGACACAAAAUACCCAAGUCCCAAUGGGAACUGCCCCUCCCUGUGUCCUGGCCGGUUAAAAUCCCGGCUGUCCAGUGGGUAUAGGCACUGCCACCAAGCUCUGUCUUGGGACCCACAAGGCAGAAAGAGACUGACUUCUUAAAAUUUCCCUCUGAUCUCCACGUGGGCGCCAAGGCACACAUAUGUACACAAUCAAACGAGUGUGAUUUAAGACACUGUAAAUAAGCUCUCCUGGUGCCUGGGCACUCAGGACGCUGGAGCCAAAGGGUGCCCCAGAGGCACCGUGACAGGUGGCAGAUACAGAGACACAUAUCUUCACCCCAAUCCCCUGACUCUCGUGACAUGCACACUCCAGCAUCCCCAAGAGGUCCCCUGGUCAGUCAGGAUGGCAGCAUUCUUUGCCUGUGCUGUCCACCUUUUUAAGAAGACCAGUCAAGCGAGUGCAGUGGCAGGCUCCAGUACUCUGGAGGUGGAUGGGAGGGUUAUGGCAGGGGCUAUGCUGUCCAGGGCCACAGAGAGACCUUGUCUUAGAACAACAAAACCCACAGAAACCACAACAGGAAACAGAAAAGCCAACUUUCAGGUGGGGUGGCCCCUGUCUGUCAGGUGGGGCGGCCCCUGUCUGUCAGGUGGGGUGGCCCCUGUCUGUCAGGUGGGGUGGCCCCUGUCUGUCAGGUGGGGUGGCCCCUGUCUGUCAGGUGGGGUGGCCUCAUCUGACUACAAGUGCGACUGAGACGGUGGAGAAUGACCGUGCCGUCUCCCGUGCCGUCUCCCGUGCCGUCUCCCGUGCCGCUACAGACGGCCACACUCCAGGAGCCCCACAGUCCCAUCUUGGUGUCAGCGUGUUGUACGCUUUGUCUCUUGUUGUUUAAGAAAGGCAGUCCACUGUCUUCCACAAAAGACUUGUUCUCUGGUGAUUUAAAGUGUCUCCCUCUCUACAGACAGAUAGAUGUCACCUCUGUGCAACCCUCAUUGCAGGAGAAAUCCACUGCUGAGCAGUCCUCUCAUCUAAUACAGACAACCAGUGCUGAGUUCCCACAGCCCGUCCGCCUGCCUCUCCCACGGAACAGGGAGCUACAGGAUACCAGAGCUGGGUGGGCAGCCUGGAGAGGGUGUGUAGGAGGUGGUGAGAGACUUCUUCAGGUAGCUGCCGCCCCCAGAAGCCUUUCUCACUCUAGCUAUACACCCCAGCUGCAGAUGAGUCGCAGAGGCUAUGGUGGGGCGGUCAACAGGACCUGUUUUCAUCCUCCGAGCCCCAGCUCAGCACAGGGCCACAGCUGGGGACAAGUCUCUGAUACUCAAGGUCACCUUCCACCUCAUUCCUGCUACCUCAGCCCUUGUCCUCAGCAGCGGGUGUGUGGAAGGGAGUAGCCAGGCUGCCGGGGGCAUCCAAACAGAACCCACCAAGGCAUUCCAGCUCCCCCCCAACCUGAGCUUCCUGCAGAGAGAAUGCCUCCAGCAAGAAGCACAGACCCUGCAGAGGGCAGGGUGAGGUGUCUGCCAGCCACCAGUCCCCAGAUCACAUAACACCUCACAACAUCUUGUCCCCAAUGAACUGGCAGGGACUCCUGCAGAGGGUGGGCGCUGCCGUAUCUAACUGGGAGGGUUGUGCAGAUCCAUCUGAGCCAGUUUAUGGAAUGUUCUUGGGGGCCCCUGCCCCUUCCUUGGCGCCCACUCCACCCCCGCUAAAGGAAGGAAAAUUAUUUUUCGUAUUGUAAACUUUAAACAUGAAAAAGCUGUUUUUAAUUAGCAGAAGCUGACUUGCAUGUUCAGUCAGUAAAUGUCUGUGUCCUUCCAAGAAAGGGAACACGCCUUUGUACUGCACAUGCGCACACCACACACGCACACCCUCUGAAUGCAAGGACACAUAGUAACUCAUAAGCGCACACAGCUAAACUGGACAUGCCAAACUCGUGUGCUUCUGUCUGUGUACCACUUCAGACACAC